CUUUUUUAACUCUCCCUUUGAAACUAUUCAGUUUGAUCAUUGUCAGAGAAAUAAACUAACAAGUGAGCAAAGACGAGAGACGAGAGCAGUUGCGUUAUGUUCGGAAUACGACAUUCACUGAAUCGGCCUAAGAAGGAAACUUCUGCAUAAAGGAAUUAUGGUGUAAAAGGGACAUGAUCCGGAACUCCGUAAUCGGCUAUUGAUGUUUUACUACUUUGCUCAAAUCAAAGACGGCAAUCCUUCACGAAUGAAAAGAUUCGUAAUUUGAAUUAUUAACAAAAACAAAAAAAAUUUUGGCUCUGAAAAUAAAAAAAUUUCAACAAAAAAAAUUAUGCAUGUCUUUUCCUACUAAUGUGUGAUUUAUAAAUAUUUAUGGACAAAUAUCGAGGAGUGGUGAAAUUCCAACCUUAUUCAAACAAGUUGCAAACAUUUUCAAGUAGUUAGUUUCAGUCUGCACACAGAUUAGUUUCAGUCUGA